AUGAUUACUUAUCUUUUAUAUUCAGUUCUCUUCUUUUUUAUCAUUAUCCUUUCUUUUCUUUUCUCAACACAAACACAAUUUCACACACUGUCCGGCUGUAACAGAGGUAUACACUUUCUUCUUCUCUUUGUUUUGCCUUUUUCUUUCCUUCCGUUUUCUUCUGUAGACAGUUCGGUUUACAAACCAACUCAAUGCAACAGGGAUGUACACUUUCUUCCUCUCUUUGGUUUUCUUCUUUCUUUCCUUCUUCUUCUUUACACAAUUCAGCUUAUAACAGAGGUAUACACUUUCUUCUCUGGUUUUCCUCUGUCUUUUCUUUACACAAUUCAACUUGUAACAGAGGCAUACACUUUCUUCCUCUCUUUGGUUUUCUUCUUUUCUUCACACGAUUCAACUUAUAACAGAGAUAUAUGCUUUCUUCUUUGGUUUUCCUUUUUCUUUAAACGCAGGCUGAAUCCUCAGCGUAUAAAUUUCUCUGAGUCUUCAAUUUGGGGUUCUCGAACAGGAAUACUUCUUGUCAUAUUUCUUGUCCGGAGCUGCCUGUUUUUUCCUAUCUAUCUAUCUAUCUAUCUAUCAGCAUUUCAUUAUCUAUCUAUCUAUCUAUCUAUCUAUCUAUCUAUCUAUCUAUCUAUCUAUCUAAUACUGUCUGUUCAUAUCUAUUUAUCUAUAUUAGUCUGUCCACAUCUAUCUAUCUAUCUAUCUAUCUAUCUAUCUAUCUAUCUAUCUAUCACAGUCAGUUUUCUAUCUAUCUAUCUAUCUAUCUAUCUAUCUAUCUAUCUACUGUUGAUUAUCUAUCUAUCUAUCUAUCUAUCUAUAUCUAUCUAUCUAUCUAUCUAUCUAUCUAUCACAGUCAGUGGAUUAUCUAUCUAUCUAUCUAUCUAUCUAUCUAUCUAUCUAUCUAUCUACGUGCCGCACACUCAUUAUGUUGUAACUGUUACAUCAAGUUCAUUAUCUAUCUAUCUAUCUAUCUAUCUAUCUAUCUAUCUAUCUAUCUAUGAUAGCCUAGGGGCAAGAUCUCUGACCAAUUCAGUCCAUUAUCUAUCUAUCCAGUUCAGUCAAUUCACUAUCUAUCUAUCUAUUUAUCUAUCUAUCUACCUAUCUACGACUGUAGCUAUAUUAUAA